UUGUUCGUGUUUUAUUCAAUCAAAAGGUGAACGGUUCAGCAGCAUAUUCUCUGUCCACUUGGUCGGAGUAAAGCCGCAUGAUGUCCGGCAGCUGGUGGAGCAGUGAGGCGGUGACCCAUGGGCUAAUGGCUCUGUUCGCCCUGGGCUCCUGGAUAUCCGUCAACAGUCUGUGGGUCGAGCUCCCGGUGGUUGUCAGGGUGCUCCCCGAAGGGUGGAACCUGCCUGCCUACCUCUCAGUGCUGAUAGCAUUUGGGAACCUGGGCCCGAUAGCAGUGACCAUCACACACCACUGUGCUCCGGGAAGAUUAAAUGAGCGUGUCGUCAUCCACUGUAUUCAGAUACUGGCAGUGGUGGCAUCUGCUUUUCUGGCUAUCUUCUGGUCACACACUGUCACAAUAGCCGGAGAGGAGAGGUCCCUGCCCUUCCUGAUCUUCACCUUUGUGUUGGCUUUCGUGUGUUGUACGUCCAACGUCACCUUCCUGCCUUUUAUGUUCAGCUACCCCCCUCGGUAUAUCCGUACGUUCUUCAUCGGUCAGGGUUUAAGCGCAUUGUUCCCUUGCAUCGUGGCUUUAGGACAAGGUGUUAGCAAGCUGGAGUGUAAAACUGUGAACGACACGGUGCAGCCACACUAUUUAAAAGAGAGCUUUCCGGCUCAGAACUUCUUCUGGUUCUUGUUUGUCAUGCUGUUCAUCUCAGCGUUAAGUUUUCUGGCUUUGACACGAAGACAGACAACGUCGGAGCAGUAUGCACCGUCACAGGAACCUGACAACACAGUGGUGACAAAGAACGGAGAGGAGACCCACCCGCUUAACAACGGAGGGACGCCGGUGUCUGAGGAUCAGGUGCAGGUGGUUGUUCCUCCACCUGCUCCUCAGACAUUUUGGACACGACACAACAUCUACCUGCUGGCACUGCUUGCUGUCUCCAAUGCCCUCACCAACGGGGUCCUGCCUUCUAUCCAGAGUUUCUCCUGUCUGCCUUACAGCUCCAUGACCUUUCACCUCUCUGUGGUGCUUGGCAACAUAGCAAACCCCCUGGCCUGCUUUCUAGCUAUGUUUUUUGUCAUGAGGUCCCCCACUGGUCUGGGCAUUUUGUCUUUAGGAGGUGGAGUAUUUGCUGCGUAUCUCAUUGCUUUAGCAGCACUCAGCCCCUGUCCUCCCCUCCUGGGAAACCCCUCUGGUGUGGCUUUAGUGGUCAUCUCCUGGAUUAUUUUCACCGGCCUCUUCUCCUAUCUGAAGGUGGUGAUUGGGACUCUGCUUCACGAGGCGGGCCACGCCGCCCUGCUGUGGUGCGGCAUCUCAAUUCAGGCCGGCUCUCUAAUCGGGGCCCUCACCAUGUUCCCCCUGGUCAACAUCUAUCAAGUGUUUGCCAGGGCUCAGGAAUGUGUGGAUAACUGCAGUUAGCAUGAACAACAUAUGCAAGGAAAAAAUUGUGUUUAUUCCUCAUGGGAAAUGACUAUUUUGAACCCUGCUUUAGGGGUUCUUGAGUGAAGUAGCAGAUCUCUCUCGACCUCAUCUUUCUUGAACAUCAUGCCACAGAUGAGGCAUCCUCUUCUGAUUCAGAGGCCUCUGUGAAAGUAAGAACAUUCCCUCAUAAUGGGAGCAUUGUGUUGCUGCACAUUAGCCAAGGGGAUGUAUGAAGCAGUAAUACCACAAGUGCUUUGUGUGGUAUUUUAUAAUGAAUCUCUAUGUAGCUGAAAUUGUUUACAGUGGCAACAACAGCUACUGAUGGAUUUUCCCAUUACAGCAGAUCAUGUGAAAAGCUGUUUACUCAGGGACACAAUCGUUAACUUAUUCAUCAACAUUUGUUGCUUUGGGGUAUAAUUAAUAAGAAAUAUUCAUAUUAUGAAGUUGCAGUGGGGCUGUU